UUUCAGGGAUGUCCAGAACAGCACGCAGUCUACACUCGUUAACUUGCCAUCACUAAACAUGGCGGUGCCCUUUGCCAUAAAACACCAUAUUGAGGACAAGGCGAGGCACCGGAGCGCCAGUAGUAGACAUGGCGGCUAAGGGAGCUAAGCAAAAAACGCGACGAGUCAGUAGACAAGAUGCCAAUAACAGCGGGAAUCUACUGAGCGAAACCCGGGUGCAGAGAGAGGAGAAGGCCGGAGAGGAGACCAAACCCCCCGACACUCGGACUGAGUGUGUCAGUAGAGGAGGCCAGGUGUGGGCUCCUGAAGGUUCCACUGCAUUUAAAUGUCUUCUGUCAGCCCGGUUCUGUGCAGCGUUGCUUAGCAACAUCUCCGACUGUGACGAGACCUAUAACUACUGGGAGCCGAUGCACUUCUUGUUGUAUGGCUAUGGGAUGCAGACGUGGGAGUAUUCCCCGCUUAACGCCAUCCGUUCCUAUGGUUACCUGUGGCUGCACGCCCUCCCUGCCUCACUACACUCUCACAUCCUACAGACCAACAAGGUGCUGGUGUUCUACUUUGUGCGCUGUGUCCUGGCCUUCUCCUGCUGCAUCUGUGAACUCUACUUCUACAAGGCGGUGUGUAAGAAGUUUGGGCUGCAUGUGGGUCGUCUGAUGCUGGCCUUCCUCCUCCUGAGCUCUGGAAUGUUCUGCUCCUCAGCAGCAUUCCUGCCUUCUUCCUUCUGUAUGUAUUCUACUCUGGUUGCCAUGACUGGAUGGUUCCAAGACACGCCCUUCCUGGCUGUGAUGGGUGUGGCAGCUGGGGCUAUCAUUGGCUGGCCAUUCUCCGCUCUGCUUGGGCUACCGAUCGCCUUCGACCUGCUUGUGCUGAAGAGGAAGUGGAAUAGUUUCAUCACCUGGGCAACCGUCUCUCUGCUGCUAUUCCUGGUGCCUCUGAUGGUGGUGGAUUCUUGUUGCUAUGGGAAACUGGUCAUUGCUCCCCUCAAUAUUCUACUCUAUAAUGUCUUCACCCCCCAUGGCCCAGAUCUCUACGGUACAGAGCCGUGGCCGUUCUACUUUAUAAAUGGUUUCCUGAACUUCAAUGUGGUGUUUGUCCUGGCGCUGCUGUCUCUACCUCUCACUGCUCUGAUGGAGGCGCUACUACAGCGCUUCAAUGUGCAGAACCUGGGAAAGCCAUACUGGUUGACUCUGUCUCCUAUGUACCUGUGGAUGCUGGUUUUCUUCACCAGACCUCAUAAAGAGGAACGUUUCCUGUUCCCCAUCUACCCUCUCAUCUGUCUGGCAGGGGCCAUAGCACUGUCUUCACUACAGAAGUGUUACCACUUCCUGUUCCAGCGGUAUCGUCUAGAACACUACACGGUGUCGUCUAACUGGCUGGCUGUGGGAACCCUGAUCCUCUUCACUCUGCUGUCUCUGUCCAGAUCAGUAGCCCUGUUCAGAGGCUACCACGCGCCACUGGAUCUGUACCCAGAGUUCCACCGUAUAUCCCGGGACCCGUCUCUCCACGCGGUCCCAAAGGGCCGGCCCGUCAGUGUCUGUGUUGGGAAAGAGUGGUACCGGUUCCCCUCCAGCUUUCUGCUGCCCAACAACUGGCAGCUGCAGUUCAUCCAAUCAGAGUUCAGAGGGCAGCUGCCCCAGCCGUACGCUGACGGCCCAUUUGCUACUCAAACUAUCCCCGCCCACAUGAACGACCAGAACCUGGAGGAGCCAACAAGAUACGUGGACGUGCGUCAGUGCCAUUACCUUGUGGAUCUGGACCUAGAGACCUCAGCACCCAGAGAGCCGCGCUACGCUGACAACACAGACUGGAGUGUCAUCGCAUCCAAACCCUUUCUAAACGCUGCCAGCAGGAUGCCGUUCCCAUGGACCUUCUCCUCUCCUCCGUUCCACUACAUGCUGCGUGCGUCUGGGCAGAGUGAGGUAUGGAGCGACGCUCGGCCGGAGGACAAGUUUCAUCAGUACGGCUGGCGCUGCGGAACCAGCGAGGACGGAUAUGGUACCAGGACUCUGAUCGGUAACUGGGUCGAACAACAAAAAGACAUCACUCAAUACCGGAAAGCCAGACCCCUUCCUUCACAGGUGAGCUGGGACCAUGUCUGGCAGGUGAGCUGGGACCAUGGCUGGCAGGUGAGCUGGGACCAUGGCUGGCAGGUGAGCUGGGACCAUGGUUGGCAGGUGAGCUGGGACCAUGGCUGGCAGGUGAGCUGGGACCAUGGCUGGCAGAUGAGCUGGGACCAUGGCUGGCAGUUCUCUCACUACUUUGACUCUACCUACUCCUCCUCCUUUAACCGUGAAGAGAAGAGACCCAUCAACAGCUGUGAAUAAUACUACUGCAUAUUACUGAUGAAGGAGUCCAAGAGUUUCCCGGGCCAGCAGCUGGAGUUAGACCUCUCCCAAGAGGGACUACACCAGUCACACACACACCACACCCCACCCCGUCUGGGACUGUGACGCUGCAGGAUGCAUCAGUGAAUGUGGACUACAGUGUGUGUGUGUGUGUUUACUGUAUUUGCAGCCUUUGGAGCCAAACGUUCUUUUGGAUCAACUCCCCCUGUUCCCUCUCUUACCCCAUCUCCCCUCGUCUCCUCACUCACUCCCACUCUCUCUCUCCACCUCCACCUGUCUAUCUCUCUCCACCUCCACCUGUCUCUCUCUCCACCUCCCCUGUCUCUCUCUCUCUCCACCUCUCCCCUCUCAAAUAGCAUUGUAGUUUUCUUUGUUUUUUUGUGAAUUCUUUCAGUGUCAAGUAAAUCUCUUUUUGUUUUCCUCA